UUAACUCCAGGACUGCUGUGAGUGCCUGGGACUCGGCAAUCGUCUGUCACUUGAAAGAACUGGAGAAUUUCAAGUAUGUUUUCUGGAGUGGUCUAGGGCCGCACCACGCCAGACACAGAGUCUCCUGCGGUGGUUCCACCCUCAGGGGCAGCCAUGGCCGCUUCCAGGGCAGCCUCGCGGGCCCCUCGGGACAUCGCCAACGUGAUGCAGAGGCUGCAAGAUGAGCAAGAGAUAGUACAAAAACGUACUUUCACAAAAUGGAUCAACUCUCAUCUGGCCAAGCGGAAACCCCCAAUGGUGGUAGACGAUCUUUUUGAAGACAUGAAAGAUGGUGUGAAGCUACUUGCUCUGCUGGAAGUCCUGUCUGGGCAGAAACUGCCGUGUGAACAAGGACGCCGGAUGAAGCGAAUUCAUGCCGUGGCGAACAUUGGCACAGCACUGAAGUUCCUUGAAGGGAGGAAGGUAAAAGAGAACAUAAGUUUCAUGCUAUUUGGUAACAAACUUCAAAUUUCUCUUUUUGAACAGAUUAAAUUAGUCAACAUUAACUCCACUGAUAUAGCUGAUGGUCGACCCUCCAUUGUUCUGGGAUUGAUGUGGACCAUUAUCCUGUAUUUCCAGAUCGAGGAGCUGACCAGCAACCUGCCGCAGCUGCAGACUCUGUCCAGCAGCACGUCCUCCGUGGACAGCAUGGUCAGCUCUGAGACCGCCAGCCCCCCGAGCAAACGGAAGGUGGCCACCAAGAUCCAAGGAAACGCUAAGAAGGCGCUACUGAAGUGGGUCCAGUACACAGUCACCAAGCAGAGUGGAAUAGAAGUAAAAGACUUUGGCCGGAGUUGGAGAAGUGGCGUGGCCUUUCAUUCUGUCAUCCACGCUAUUCGGCCGGAACUGGUGGACUUGGAGAAGGUGAAAGGAAGGCCUAACCGAGAAAACCUGGAGGAGGCUUUCUCCAUUGCUGAAACGGAACUGGGGAUCCCACGGCUCCUGGACCCUGAAGAUGUUGAUGUGGAUAAACCAGAUGAGAAGUCUAUUAUGACCUAUGUAGCCCAGUUUCUGAAGCAGUAUCCUGACAUCCACAGUACAGGCUCUGAUGGGCAAGAGAAUGAUGAAAUACUUCCGAGUUUCCCAUCUUUUACAAAUUCUAUCCAAAUUCUUAAGAGAGAAGACAGGCUAAUUUUGAAGGAGAUGAAAGUUUGGAUAGAACAAUUUGAAAGAGAUUUGACAAGGACACAGGUGACAGACUCAAGUUUGCAGGAUAAAUAUCAGUCAUUUAAGCACUUCAGAGUUCAAUAUGAAAUGAAGAGGAAACAGAUUGAACACUUAUUACAACCAUUACAUAGAGAUGGUAAAUUGUCACUUGACCAAGCAUUGGUCAAACAGGCCUGGGAUAGAGUGUCCUCCAGGCUCUUUGAUUGGCAUAUACAACUUGAUAAGUCUCUUCCUGCACCUCUGGGCACCAUAGGGGCCUGGUUAUAUAGAGCAGAAGUGGCCCUAAGAGAGGAAAUAACCAUUCAGCAGGUUCACGAGGAAACUGCUAACACAAUACACCGGAAACGUGAGCAACACAAGGAUCUGCUUCAAAACACAGAUGCCCACAAAAGAGCAUUCCAUGAAAUCUACCGAACCAGGUCUGUGAACGGGAUCCCAGUGCCACCUGAUCAAUUAGAGGACAUGGCCGAGAGGUUUCAUUUUGUUUCCUCCACAUCAGAGCUACACUUAAUGAAAAUGGAAUUUCUAGAAUUAAAGUACCGUCUGCUCUCACUGCUGGUUCUUGCAGAGUCAAAGCUGAAGUCUUGGAUCAUCAAGUACGGGGGGAGAGAUUCAGUGGAGCUCCUUCUACAAAACUACAUCUCUUUUAUAGAAAAUAGCAAGUUCUUUGAACAAUAUGAAGUGACAUACCAGAUCUUGAAACAGACAGCUGAGAUGUAUGUCAAAGCUGAUGGUUCAGUGGAAGAAGCUGAGAAUGUGAUGAAAUUCAUGAAUGAAACCACUGCGCAGUGGAGGAACCUCUCGGUGGAAGUCAGGAGCGUGCGGAGCAUGCUGGAGGAAGUCAUCGCCAACUGGGACCGAUACGGCAAUACCGUGGCUAGUCUUCAGGCUUGGCUCGAGGACGCUGAGAAAAUGCUCAAUCAGUCAGAACAUGCCAAAAAGGAUUUUUUCCGAAACUUGCCUCAUUGGAUACAGCAGCACACUGCCAUGAAUGAUGCUGGCAAUUUUUUAAUCGAAACGUGUGAUGAGAUGGUUUCCCGUGACCUCAAACAGCAGUUACUGUUGCUAAAUGGGCGAUGGAGGGAGUUGUUUAUGGAAGUUAAGCAAUAUGCUCGAGCUGAUGAGUUGGACAGAAUGAAGAAGGAAUACAACGAUUGUGUUACUGUCUUGUCUGAGUUUGCAACUGGAGCCCAUAGGAAACUUUCAGAGCCCUUAGAAGUCUCUUUUAUUAACGUCAAGUUAUUAAUUCAAGACUUGGAGGAUAUUGAGCAGAGGGUGCCUGUGAUGGAUGCUCAGUAUAAGAUGAUUACAAAGACAGCGCACCUCAUUACCAAAGAGAUCUCCCAAGAAGAAGCUAAUGAAAUGUUUGCAACCAUGUCUGGGCUCAAAGAGCAGCUAACCAAGGUCAAAGACUGUUACUCCCCACUCCUUUCUGAGUCUCAGCAGCUGUUGGUACCGUUGGAGGAAUUAGAAAAGCAGAUGACGGCCUUUUAUGACUCACUUGGGAAAAUUGAUGAAAUUAUGACAGUUCUUGAACAUGAGGCACAAUCUAGUCCUCUUUUUAAACAGAAACAUCAGGAACUAUUAGCUUGUCAAGAAAGCUGUAAGAAAGCCAUGACUCAAAUUGAGAAAGGCAGUCAGAGUGUUCAAAAGUUUGUGACCUUGAGCAACGUGUUAAAGCAUUUUGAUCAGACAAAGCUACAGAGGAAGAUUGCAGAUAUGCAUGUUGCUUUUCAGAAUAUGGUAAAGAAAACUGGAGAUUGGAAGAAACAUGUGGAAACCAACAGCCGCUUGAUGAAGAAGUUUGAGGAGUCUCGAGCCGAGUUAGAGAAGGUGCUGAGGGUCGCUCAGGAGGGCCUGGAGGAAAAGGGGGACCCAGAAGACCUGCUGAAGAGACACACAGAGUUUUUCAGCCAGCUGGACCAGAGGGUGCUCAAUGCUUUCCUGAAAGCGUGUGACGAGCUCACUGACAUUCUCCCCGAGCAGGAGCAGCGGGGCCUGCAGGAAGCCGUCAGAAAGCUCCACAAACAGUGGAAGGAUCUUCAAGCAGAAGCUCCAUAUCAUUUGCUUCAUCUGAAGAUUGAGGUGGAGAAGAACAGGUUGUUAGCUUCUGUGGAAGAGUGCAGAGCUGAGCUGGACCGAGAGACCAAGCUGGUGCCCCAGGAAGGCAGCGAAAAGGUCAUCAAAGAGCAUAGGAUCUUCUUCAGUGACAAGGGCCCUCACCAUCUCUGUGAGAAAAGGUUACAGCUCAUUGAAGAACUGUGUCUGAAACUUCCAGUCCGGGACGCAGUCCGGAACACACCGGAGACCUGUCACGUGACCCUCAAGGAGCUCAGAGCUGCUAUUGACUGCACCUACGCGAAGCUGGUGGGAGACCCAGACAAGUGGAAGGACUACACGAGCAGAAUUUCUGAGUUCUCCUCUUGGAUAUCUGCAAAGGAGACCCAGUUAAAGGGGAUCAAGAAUGAGACCAUUGAUACUGCUAAUCAAGGAGAAGUUAAACGUGCUGUGGAGGAGAUAAGAAGUGGUAUUACCAAAAAAGGGGAGACUCUCAGCUGGCUGAAAUCCAGGCUUAAAAUUCUGAUUGAAGUUUCAUCUGAGGAUGAAGCCCAAAAGCAAGGAGAUGAGCUGGCAAAAUUAUCUAGUUCUUUCAAGGCUCUCGGGACUUUGUUGUCAGAGGUUGAAAAGAUGUUAAGCAACUUUGGAGACUGUGUCCAGUACAAAGAAAUAGUCAAAAGUUCCCUGGAAGAGUUAAUCACUGGCUCUAAAGAAGUCCAGGAAGAAGCUGAGAAGAUCCUGGACACUGAAAAUUUGUUUGAAGCACAACAACUACUCCUUCAUCACCAGCAAAAGACAAAGAGGAUCAAUGCAAAGAAGAAGGACGUGCAGCAGCAGAUUGCGCAGGCUCAGCAGGGAGAAGGUGGGCUGCCUGGCCGAGUCCAAGAAGAGCUGCAGAAGCUGGAGAGCACCCUGGACGGUGUGGAGCACAGUCGGGAGAAACAGGAGCGCCGCAUCCAGGUCACAUUAAGAAAAUGGGAGAGAUUUGAAACAAACAAAGAGACAGUGGUCAGAUACCUUUUUCAAACAGGUUCCAGCCAUGAGCGCUUCUUGAGUUUUAGCAGUUUGGAAAGCUUAUCUUCAGAAUUGGAACAGACAAAGGAGUUUUCUAAACGAACAGAAGGUAUUGCAGUCCAGGCUGAGAAUCUUGUAAAGGAAGCUUCAGAGAUCCCACUUGGGCCCAAGAAUAAGCAGCUGCUUCAGCAGCAGGCCAAGUCAAUCAAGGAGCAAGUUAAAAAAUUAGAAGACACCCUUGAAGAAGAUAUUAAAACCAUGGAAAUGGUGAAAAACAAGUGGGAUCAUUUUGGCACUAACUUUGAGGCCCUGUCCGUCUGGAUAACUGAGAAAGAAAAAGAACUCAAUGCCUUGGAGACGUCAUCAUCUGCCAUGGACACACAAAUCAACCAAAUUAAGGUCAUGAUUAAGGAAAUAGAAAGUAAGAUCAGCAGCAUUACAGGACUAGAAGAAGAAGCUCAGUCUUUUGCUCAGUUUAUUACCACUGGAGAAUCUGCUCGCAUCAAAGCCAAGUUAACACAAAUAAGAAGAUACUGGGAAGAGCUCCGAGAAUAUGCACAGAGUCUGCAAGGAAUAAUCCUGGGACAUUUAUCUCAGCAGAAGAAGUUUGAAGAGAAUCUUAAAAAGAUCCAGCAGUCUGUGUCUGAAUUUGAAGAUAAACUUGCUGAUCCAGUUAAAAUAUGUUCUUCAGCUACAGAAACAUACAAAGUUCUCCAAGAACAUAUGGAUCUCUGUCAGGCCCUGGAAUCGCUGACCAGCACGGUGGCUGCCCUGUCAGCCAGCGCCCGGAAGGUAUCCAACAGAGACUCCUCCAUCCAGGAGGCUGCAACCAUGCAACGGAGCUAUGAGGGUUUGCUGGGUCGGGCGAAGGAGAGACAGAGAGAGCUGGAGAAGCUGCUGUCCUGCUGGCAGAGGCUAGAGAAAGAACUGUCGACCUUUUUGACUUGGUUAGAGCGGUGUGAAGUUAUAGCCAGUUCACCAGAAGCUGACAUUUCUGCGGACAGAGUCAAGGUGGAGAGUGAACUUCAGUCAAUACAGGUGCUGCAAAAUGAAGUUGUGGCCCAGGCUUCCAUCUACAGCAACCUAUUGCAGCUAAAGGAAUCCCUCUUCUCAGUGGCCUCCAGAGAUGAUGUGAAAAUGAUGAAACUACAGUUGGAACAUUUGGAUGAGAGAUGGAGAGAUUUGCCCCAGAUAAUAAGCAAAAGGAUUAACUUCCUUCAGUCUGUGGUCGCCGAACACCAGCAAUUUGAUGAACUGCUGCUUUCCUUCUCUGUCUGGAUUAAGCUGUUCCUCAGUGAGUUACAAACUACUUCUGAGAUAAGUGUAAUGGACCAUCAAGCAGCUCUUACACGGCACAAGGACCAUGCGGCAGAAGUAGAGAGCAAAAAGGGAGAACUGCAGAGUCUGCAGGGUCACCUGGCGAAGCUGGGUGCCCUGGGCCGUGCCGAGGACCUUCACCUCCUCCAGGGCAAGGCGGAGGACUGCUUGCAGCUGUUUGAGGAGGCCAGCCAGGUCGUGGAGAGGCGGCAGCGUGCCCUGUGCCAGCUGGCCCAAUUCCUACAGAGCCAUGCCUCUCUGUCCGAGAGUCUCCACCAACUGAGGCAAACAGUGGAAGCAACCCACAGUAUGAAUAAAAAACAGUCCGACUUAUUAGAAAGGGACCUAAACAAUGCUAUUCGAAAUGUGAAAACACUAGAAUCUGCUGCCAUCAGUCUCGACGGCCUUCUUACCAAAGCCCAGUACCAUCUCAAGAGCGGAGGUUCUGAGCAGAGAACGUCCUGCAGAGCCACCGCGGAUCACCUCAGCGUGGAGUUAGAGAGGAUCCAGAACCUUCUGGGAACCAAGCAGAGUGAGGCGGAUGCCCUGGCGGUAUUGAAGAAGGCCUUCCGAGAUCAGAAAGAGGAGCUGCUGAAAAGCAUCGAGGACAUUGAAGAAAGGACUGACAAAGAGCGGUUGAAAGAUCUAACCCGACAAGCACUUCAACAGAGGUUGAGAGUCUUCAAUCAGUUAGAAGAUGAGUUGAAUUCUCAUGAGCAUGAAUUAUGUUGGUUGAAAGAUAAAGCUAAGCAAAUUGCUCAGAAAGAUGUAGCCUUUGCACCUGAGGUUGACAAGGAGAUAAACCGCUUAGAGGUCACCUGGGAUGAUACCAAAAAACUAAUUCAUGAAAACCAGGGUCAGUGCUGUGGACUUAUUGAUUUAAUAAGAGAGCAUCAGAAUUUGAAGUCAGCCAUAACAAAAGUCCUAGAAAAUGCCAGCAAUGUGAUUGCAACCAGAACUACUGUAAAAGAUCAGGAAGACCUUAAGUGGGCUUUAUCAAAGCAUGAAGCUGCCAAGAACGAAAUGUGUAAUAAACAGAAAGAUUUGGAUAACUUUACCAGUAAAGGAAAACAGUUGCUGUCUGAGCUGAAAAAAAUCCACAGUGGUGAUUUCAUCGUGGUGAAAACAGACAUGGAAAGCACAGUGGACAAAUGGCUAGAUAUAUCAGAGAAGAUUGAGGAGAACAUGGACAGGUUGAGGGUAAGCCUGUCUAUCUGGGAUGAUGUACUUUCAAGUAAAAAUGAGAUCGACAGGUGGUCAAACCAUUCUGUUCCACAGCUGACUGAAAGCAUCAGCAACCUGAAUGACAGCCUUAGAGCAGAAGAAUUCCUGAAAGAAUUUGAGUCUGAAGUUAAAAAGAAAGCAUUGAGAUUAGAAGAACUUCAUUCCAAAGUUAUUGAUCUUAAAGAAUUAACUAAAAAUCCAGAAACACCUCCAGACCUUCAGUUUAUAGAAGCUGACUUACGGCAGAAACUGGAGCAUGCCAAAGAAAUUACUGAAGAAGCAAAAGGAACCUUGAAAGAGUUCACUGCUCAGAGUGCACAAGUGGAGAAGUUUAUUAAUGACACGGCAAGCUGGCUGACAAAAUUAGAAGAAUCGUUGAUGAACUGUGCCCAAACUGAAACUUGUGAAGGCUUGAAAAAAGUGAAGGACAUACAAAAAGAACUUCAGAGUCAGCAAAGCAACAUCAGUACGACCCAGGAAAAUCUCAAUAGUUUGUGCCGCAAGUACCACUCAGUAGAGCUGGGGAGCCUGGGCAGUGCGAUGACGGGUCUGAUAAAGAGACACGAGGCCGUGAGCCAGUCCUGCUCCAAGACACAGGCCAGCCUUCAGGAUUCUCUGGAAAAACACUUCAAUGAGUCUAUGCAGGAAUUCCAAGAAUGGUUUUCUGGAAUAAAGGCAGCAGCAAAGGAAUCAUCAGAUAGAACUGGGGACAGCAAGGUUCUGGAGGCAAAACUCCAUGAUCUUCAGAACAUUUUGGACUCAGUCGGUGAUGGACAGAGCAAGCUUGAUGCGGUGACCCGAGAAGGACAAACUUUGUAUGCACAUUUGUCUAAACAAAUUGUCAGUAGCAUUCAGGAACAAGUUACAAAAGCUAAUGAAGAGUUUCAAGCAUUUCUGAAACAGUGCCUUAAAGACAAACAGGCGCUACAAGACUGUGCUUUGGAACUUGGGAGCUUUGAAGAUCAGCACAGAAAACUGAACUUAUGGAUCCAUGAAAUGGAAGAAAGAUUAAGUACAGAAAACUUAGGAGAGAGUAAGCAACACAUUCCUGAGAAGAAAAAUGAAGUCCAUAAAAUUGAAAUGUUUCUGGGAGAACUAUUGGCUGCAAGAGAGUCUCUGGACAAGCUGUCCCAGAGAGGGCAGCUGCUCAGUGAAGAAGGCCACGGCGCUGGGAAAGAAAGCCGCCUGUGUUCCCAGCUCCUCACAAGCUAUCAGAACUUACUCCGGAUGACCAAGGAGAAGCUCCGCGGCUGCCAGGUGGCCCUGCAGGAGCACGAGGCGCUGGAGGAGGCGCUGCAGAGCAUGUGGUCCUGGGUGAAGGGCAUGCAAGACAGACUGGCCAGCGCGGAGAGCACCGUGGGGAGCAAAGCCGCCUUGGAGGGACGGCUGCUCCAAGUGCAGGAAAUUCUCCUGAUGAAAGGUGAAGGGGAAGUUAAGUUGAACAUGGCCAUUGGCAAAGGGGAACAGGCCUUGAGAAGUAGCAACAAGGAGGGUCAGAAGGUGAUCCAGACUCAGCUACAGACCCUUAAAGACGUGUGGGCUAACAUCAUGGGCUCCUCCGUCCAUGCCCAGAGCACUUUAGAGUCUGUGAUUAGCCAGUGGAAUGACUAUCUAGAGUGGAAAAACCAGUUGGAGCAGUGGAUGGAAUCGGUGGAUCAAAAAGUAGAACAUCCCUUGCAACUACAGCCUGGUCUGAAAGAGAAGUUUUCCCUCCUGGAUCACUUUCAGUCCAUUGUAUCGGAGGCAGAAGAUCAUUCUGGAGCCCUGCAGCGACUCACCGCAAAGGCCAGGGAGCUCUACCAGAAGACUGAGGAUGAGACUUUCAAGGAUACGGCUCAGGAGGAACUGAAAACACAGUUUAAUGACAUACUGACCGUUUCCAAGGAGAAAAUGAGGAAGGUAGAAGAGAUUGUGAAAGACCAUCUCAUGUAUUUAGAUGCAGUCCAAGAAUUCAUGGAUUGGCUCCAUUCAGCAAAGGAAGAACUUCAUCGGUGGUCAGAUAUGUCAGGAGAUUCACCAGCCACCCAGAAAAAAUUAUCUAAAAUUAAGGAGCUGAUGGAUUCCAGAGAGAUUGGUGCAAGCCGCCUAAGCAGAGUGGAGUCUCUGGCCCCUGCCGUGAAACAGAACACGACUGCCAGUGGCUGUGAGCUCUUGGACACGGAGAUGCAGGCCCUGCGUGCGGACUGGAAGCAGUGGGAAGACAGCGUUUUCCAAACGCAGACCAGCUUGGAGAACCUGGUUAGCCAAAUGGCCCUUUCGGAGCAGGAGUUCUCAGGCCAAGUGGCUCAGCUGGAGCAGGCCCUCGAACAGUUUAGUGCCCUCCUGACAAGCUGGGCGCAGCAGUUAGCCCUCCUGGAAGGCAAGAACACAGAUAAGGAGCUAGUGGAAUGCUGGCAAAAGGGCCGGGAGAUACUGGAUGCUCUACAAAAAGCAGAGCCUCAGACAGAGAAUCUCAAGUCUCAACUGAAUGAGCUUUGUCAAUUUUCCAGAGACCUGAGUACAUACAGCGGAAAAGUUUCUGGCUUGAUUAAAGAGUAUAAUUGUCUUUGUUUGCAAGCUUCCAAGGGCUGUCAGAAUAAAGAACAGAUUUUACAGCAAAGAUUUCUGAGAGCCUUCAAGGAUUUCCAACAGUGGUUGGUUAACGCAAAGAUCACAACUGCUAAGUGCUUUGACAUACCUCAAAAUAUCAAUGAAGUUUCAACGAGUCUUCAGAAAAUACAGGAAUUUUUGUCAGAAAGUGAAAAUGGACAACACAAGCUAAACAUGAUGCUUUCUAAAGGAGAACUUUUGUGUACUCUGUUGACCAAAGAGAAAGCUAGUGGCAUCCAGGCCAAAAUGGCAACUGCAAAAGAAGACUGGAAAAAUUUUCAUUCGAAUCUCCACCAAAAGGAGUCUGCUCUGGAGAAUCUGAAGAUCCAAAUGAAGGACUUUGAAGUAAGCGCUGAGCCUGUGCAGGACUGGCUGAGUAAAACCGAGAAGAUGGUUCAUGAAAGCAGCAAUCGCCUGUAUGAUCUGCCAGCCAAGAGACGAGAACAGCAGAAGCUGCAGUCUGUCCUUGAGGAAAUAAACUGCUACGAGCCUCAGCUCCACAGGCUGAAAGAGAAAGCUCAGCAGCUGUGGGAGGGCCAGGCGGCCAGCAGGAGCUUUGUACACCGGGUGUCGCAGCUGUCUUCUCAGUAUCUAGCGCUAAGCAAUGUAACAAAGGAGAAAGUGUCAAGACUGGAUAGGAUUGUUGCGGAACACAAUCAGUUCUCCCUGGGAAUUAAAGACCUGCAGGACUGGAUGACAGACACGGUCCACGUGUUGGACUCUUACUGCCACCCGACCUCUGACAAGAGUGUGCUGGACAGCAGGGUGCUCAAGCUUGAGGCUCUGUUAUCAGUGAAACAGGAAAAAGAGAUCCAGAUGAAGAUGAUAGUGACCAGAGGGGAAUCUGUCCUUCAGAACACCUCCCCGGAAGGCAUCCCUGCCAUUCAGCAGCAGCUGGCGAGUGUGAAGGAUAUGUGGGCGUCCCUUUUGUCUGCAGCAAUUCGUUGUAAAAGUCAACUUGAAGGAGCUCUUUCUAAGUGGACAAGUUACCAGGAUGACGUUCGACAGUUUUCCAGUUGGAUGGACGGCGUGGAGGCCAGCCUGAACGAGUCCGAGAGGCAGCAUGCGGAACUGCGGGAGAAGACAGCAGCUCUCGGGAAGGCCAAGUUAUUAAACGAGGAAGUGCUGAGUCACGGCAGCUUACUGGAGACCAUUGAAGUCAAGGGGGCUGGCAUGACGGAGCACUACGUCACCCAGUUAGAAUUCCAGGACCUGCAGGAACGAUAUGGAGCCAUCAGAGAGAGGACCAAGGAAGCAGUAACCAAGUCGGAAAAACUAGUUCGCCUGCAUCAAGAGUAUCAGAGAGACUUGAAGGCAUUUGAAGCUUGGCUGGAGAAAGAGCAAGAAAAGCUUGAUCGAUACUCAGUUCUUGAAGGUGAUACGCACACUCAUGAGACAGCGCUGCGGGACCUUCAGGAGCUCCAGGUACGCUGCGCAGAGGGGCAGGCCCUGUUGAAUUCAGCACUGCACACCAGGGAGGAGGUGAUACCGUCAGGCAUCCCGCAGACAGAGGACCGGGCUCUCGAGACCCUCCGGCAGGACUGGCAGGCUUACCAGCAGAGGCUGUUGGAGACCCGAACGCAGUUCAAUAAUGUGGUCAACAAACUGAGACUGAUGGAACAAAAGUCUCAGCAAGUAGCUGAGUGGCUGAAAACAAUGGAGGAGAAAGUGAAUCUCAGAACUGGGCGUCAGUCUAGCCGGGCUGCCAAGGAGAUACAGUUACAUCAGAUGAAGAAGUGGCAUGAAGAAAUCACCGCAUACAGAGAUGAAGUGGAGGAAGUAGGAGCCAGAGCCCAGGAGAUCCUGGACGAGAGUCACGUGAGCAGCCGAAUGGGCUGCCAGGCCACGCAGCUGACAUCCAGAUACCAAGCGCUGCUCCUCCAAGUGCUGGAACAAAUAAAAUUCCUGGAAGAAGAGAUCCAGAGUUUGGAGGAAUCAGAGUUAUCCUUAAGUUCCUAUUCUGAUUGGUACAGCUCUACUCAUAAAAACUUCAAGAAUGUGGCCGCCAAAAUUGAUAAAGUAGAUAAAGCAAUGAUGGGGAAAAAAAUGAAGACGCUGGAGAGUUUGCUAAAAGACAUGGAGAAAGGCCAGAGUUUGCUCAAAUCAGCCCGAGAGAAAGGAGAGAGGGCUCUUAAGUACUUGGAAGAUGGUGAGGCAGAGACGUUAAGAAAAGAGAUCCACGACCACGUGGAGCGGUUGAAGGAACUGACCAGCACUGUGCGGAAGGAGCGCAUGACCCUGGAGAAAGGCCUUCAUUUGACGAAGGAAUUCUCGGAUAGAUACAAAGCCUUAACUCAGUGGCUAGCAGAAUACCGAGAUAGCCUACAUGGUCCUGAAGAGCCCAAAAUGGAGUUAUAUGAGAAAAAAGCUCAGUUGUCCAGAUACAAGUCUCUUCAACAAACAGUGCUGUCCCAUGAACCAUCAGUAAAAUCGGUGAGAGAGAAAGGCGAAGCCCUCUUGGAGCUGGUGCAAGAUGUUACUUUAAAGGACAAAAUCGAUCAGCUUCAAAGCGAUUACCAGGAUCUCUGCAGGGCAGCAAAGGAGCAUGUCUGCAGUCUCGAGGCGAAAGUCAGAGACCACGAAGAUUACAACAGUGAGCUCCAGGAAGUGGAGAAGUGGCUGCUGCAGAUGUCGGGGAGGCUGGUGGCGCCCGACCUCGUGGAGACAGGCAGCCUUGAGACGAUCACCCAGCAGCUGGCCCGCCACAAGGCAAUGAUGGAAGAAAUUGCUGGUUUUGAAGACCGUUUGAAUGACCUUAAAACCAAAGGGGACAAUUUGAUCAGCCAAUGUGCAGAUCACCUUCAAGCGAAACUUAAACAAAAUGUACACGCUCACCUGCAGGGCACAAGGGACAGUUACUCAGCCAUCUGCAGUACCGCCCAGAGGGUGUACCAGAGUUUGGAACACGAACUUCAGAAGCACGUUAGUCGACAAGACACCCUUCAGCAGUGCCAGGCCUGGCUUUCUGCGAUUCAGCCGGAUUUAAAGCCAGGCGCGAAUCCCCCUCUUAGCAGGGCAGAAGCUGUCAAGCAGGUCAAACACUUCAGAGCUUUGCAGGAACAAGCAAGGACCUACCUAGAUCUUCUGUGCUCCAUGUGUGACCUGUCAAACUCUUCAGUGAAAACUACUGCAAAAGAUAUUCAACAAACAGAACAAAUGAUCGAACAAAGGCUUGCCCAGGCACAGAACCUAACUCAGGGCUGGGAGGAGAUCAAGCACAUGAAGGCUGAACUCUGGAUUUACCUCCAGGAUGCCGAUCAGCAGCUGCAGAAUAUGAAGAGGAGGCACUCAGAACUGGAGCUAAACAUUGCACAGAACAUGGUAUCUCAAGUAAAGGAUUUUGUUAAGAAGCUACAGUGCAAACAGGCAUCGGUGAACACUAUUACAGAGAAGGUGGAUGAGUUAACCAAGAAGCAAGAGUCCCCUGAACACAAGGAAAUAAGUCAUUUAAAUGACCAGUGGCUGGAUCUGUGCCUUCAGUCCAACAAUCUGUGCUUGCAAAGAGAAGAAGAUCUCCAGAGAACACGAGAUUACCACGACCGUAUGAACGUUGUCGAAGGGUUCUUAGAAAAAUUUACCACAGAAUGGGAUAACUUAGCCAGAUCUGAUGCAGAGAGUACAGCCGCUCACCUGGAAGCUUUGAAAAAGUUGGCCCUGGCAUUGCAGGAGAGAAAGAAGGCCAUUGAGGAUCUGAAAGAGCAAAAGCAGAAAAUGAUAGAACAUCUGAAUUUAGAUGACAAAGAACUAGUCAAAGAACAGACGAGUCACCUUGAACAACGCUGGUUUCAACUAGAGGACCUCGUUAAAAGAAAAAUCCAAGUGUCCAUCACCAACCUGGAGGAGCUCAGUGUGGUUCGGUCCAGGUUUCAGGAGCUGAUGGAGUGGGCGGAAGAGCAACAGCCCAACAUCGCCGAGGCCCUGAAGCAGAGCCCCCCGCCUGACAUGGCUCAGAACCUGCUCAUGGAUCACCUUGCCAUUUGCAGCGAACUGGAGGCCAAGCAGAUGCUCCUGAAAUCUCUCACGAAGGAUGCUGACAGGGUGAUGGCUGAUCUUGGCCUCAACGAGAGGCAGAUAAUCCAGAAGGCACUGUCGGAUGCACAAAGGCACGUGAGUAGUCUCAGCGACUUAGUGGGCCAGAGACGGAAGUACUUAAACAAGGCUUUGUCCGAGAAAACCCAGUUUCUCAUGGCGGUGUUCCAGGCGACCAGCCAGAUUCAGCAACACGAGCGCAAGAUAAUGUUCCGUGAACAUAUCUGCCUGCUACCGGAUGACGUGAGCAAACAGGUGAAAACAUGUAAAAGUGCGCAAGCCAGCCUUAAGACUUACCAAAACGAGGUCACUGGACUUUGGGCCCAGGGUCGCGAGUUGAUGAAAGGAGUCACAGAGCAGGAAAAGAGUGAGGUCCUGGGGAAGCUCCAGGAAUUGCAGAGCGUCUAUGACAGUGUGCUACAGAAGUGCAGCCAUCGGCUACAAGAGCUGGAGAAAAAUCUGGUUUCUAGGAAGCAUUUUAAGGAAGACUUUGAUAAAGCCUGUCACUGGCUCAAACAAGCAGAUAUCGUUACCUUUCCCGAGAUCAACCUAAUGAAUGAGACUGCCGAGCUUCACACACAGCUCGCCAAAUACCAACACAUUCUCGAACAGUCUCCAGAAUAUGAAAACCUCCUACUUUCGCUGCAGAGAACUGGACAGGCCAUCCUGCCCACGCUGAAUGAAGUGGACCAUUCCUACCUCAACGAAAAGCUCCACGCACUGCCCCUGCAGUUUAACGUGAUCGUCCACCUGGCUAAAGACAAGUUCUAUAAAGUCCAAGAGGCGAUGCUGGCUCGGAAAGAAUACGCCUCCUUGAUCGAGUUGACAAGCCAGUCUCUGCGUGACCUUGAAGACCAGUUCUCCAGGAUGAGCCACAUCCCUGGCCGCCUGAGCGUCGAAGAGGCUCUGUCUCUUCAGGAUGGCUGGCGUGCUCUGGGGGGCGAGGUGGCAGGGCUCGCCGAAGCCGUGGACGAACUGAACCAGAAGAAAGAAAGUUUUCGCAGCACCGGGCAGCCAUGGCAACCAGACAAGAUGCCACAGCUCAUCACCCUGUACCACAGGCUGAAGCGACAGACAGAACAGAGGGUGAGCUUCUUAGAAGACACCACCAGUGCUUACCAGGAACACGAGAGGAUGUGCCACCAGCUAGAGAAACAGCUAGAAGCUGUGAGGAUGGAGCAGUCCAAGGUGAACGAAGAGACACUGCCCGCGGAGGAGAAGCUCAAAGUGUAUCACUCCCUGGCAGGAAACCUCCAGAAUUCCGGAAUUCUCCUAAAACGUGUCACCAGGCAUCUCGAAGAUCUCGUUUCUCAUCUCGACCCCGCAGCUUACGAGAAAGCCAAGCAUCAGCUCCAGGCCUGGCAAGAGGAGUUAAAACUGCUCACAUCUGCCAUUGGCGCGACGGUGACGGAAUGUGAGAGCCGCAUGGUGCAGAGUAGAGACUUCCAGACAGAGCUGAGCCGCUCCUUGGACUGGCUGCGGAGCGUGGAGGCAGCCCUGAGCGGACCGCUGUGCCUGGACCCGAACCUGCGGGACAUCCAGGAGGAGAUCAGAAAGGUCCAGAUCCAUCAGGAAGAGGUGCAGUCCAGCCUGAGGAUCAUGACUGCACUGAGUAACAAGGAGAAGGAGAAAUUCACGAGAGCCAAGGAGCUGAUCUCCGCCGACCUACAGCGCACGCUGGCUGAGCUCUCGGAGCUAGAUGGGGCCCUGCAGGAAGCGCUCCGCACCAGACAGACUACCUUGACUCAAAUAUACAGUCAGUGUCAAAGGUACUAUCAAGUGUUUCAAGCUGCUAACGACUGGCUUGAGGACGCUCAUGAGAUGUUACAGCUGACAGGCAACGGCCUAGAUGUGGAGAGUGCGGAGGAGAGUCUCAAAAGCCACAUGGAAUUUUUUAGUGCAGAGGAUCAGUUCCACAGCAAUCUGGAGGAGCUCCAAAGCCUGGUAGCCAACCUGGACCCACUCAUCAAGCCGACUGGAAAAGAGGACCUAGCACAGAAAAUGGCCUCCCUGGAAGAGAAGAGUCAGACGAUAAUACAGGAUUCACAUGCCCAGUUAGAUCUCUUGCAGAGAUGUGCAGCUCAGUGGCAGGACUAUCAGAAAGCAAGGGAAGAGGUUAUAGAAUUGAUGAAUGAAGCUGAAAAGAAAUUGUCUGAGUUUUCUUUAUUGAAGACUUCUUCCAGUCACGAAGCAGAAGAAAAAUUAUCAGAACAUAAGGCUUCAGUGUCAGUAAUAAACUCUUUCCAUGAGAAAAUCGUGGCUUUAGAGGGUGAAGCUUCAGAACUGGAAAAAACCGGAAAUGAUGCAAGCAAAGCAGCCAUAAGCAGGUCAACAACAGCUGUCUGGCAGCGUUGGACGCGGCUCCGCGCUGUGGCCCAGGACCAGGAGAAGUUACUGGAAGAUGCAGUGGAUGAGUGGACGAGCUUUAACAAUAAGGUUAAAAAAGCCACUGAAGUGAUUGAUCAGCUGCAAGAUAAAUUACCGGGAAGCUCAGCGGAGAAGGCCUCAAAAGCAGAACUCGUAACUUUUCUUGAAUAUCAUGACACAUUCAUCCUGGAGUUGGAAGGGCAACAAUCGGCCUUAGGGAUGCUGCGGCAACAAGUGCUGGGCAUGGUCCAGGAUGGAGUCACACCAUCCCCUGGAGGAGAGCCACCCACGGUGCAGGAGAUCACAGCCAUGCAGGACCGGUGCCUGAACAUGCAGGAGAAAGUCAAGAAGAACGGGAAGAUAGUAAAGCAAGAGCUCAAGGAGCGAGAAGUGGUGGAGACACAAAUCAGUUCAGUAAAAUCUUGGGUUCAGGAAACGAAGGAAUACUUGGGAAAUCCAACCAUAGAAAUAGAUGCUCAACUUGAAGAACUUAAGAUUCUCCUAACAGAAGCCACAAAUCACCGACAGAAUGUUGAAAAAAUGGCUGAAGAACAGAAGAAUAAGUACCUUGGUCUUUCUACUAUAUUACCUUCUGAACUCUCCCUUCAACUAGCUGAAGUGGCCUUGGACUUAGGAACUAUCCAUGAUCAGAUCCAGGACAAAGUAAAAGAAGUUGAACAGAGCAAGGCCAUGAGUCAGGAAUUCAGCCAGCAAAUUCAGAAGAUAGCCAGAGAUCUCACAACUAUUCUCACCAAGCUGAGAGCAAAGACAGAUAAUUUAGUUCAAGCUAAAACUGACCAAAAGGUGCUAGGAGAGGAAUUAGAUGACUGUCACUUAAAAUUAAUGGAACUGGAUAAUGCAGUGCAAAAAUUCUCCGAACAGAACGGCCAGCUAGGUAAACCACUGGCCAAGAAGAUAGGAAAACUGACUGAACUUCACCAGCAGACCAUUAUACAGGCCGAGAACCAGCUCUCUAAGCUCAACCAGGCAGCAUCCCAUCUAGAAGAAUACAAUGAAAUGCUUGAGUUAAUUUUAAGGUGGAUUGAGAAAACUAAAAUCUUGGUACGUGGAAAGAUUGCAUGGAAUUCUGCAAGCCAGCUUCGAGAACAAUACAUUUCACAUCAGACCAUGCUAGAAGAAUCUGAAGAUAUUAACAGUGAUCUGGAAGCAAUGACCGAGAAAUUACAGUGCCUUGAUAGUGUGUACCAUACAGAAACAAUGUCUCAGCAAGUGGCAGACCUGGGACGGGAGACGGAGGAGCUGCGACAGGUGAUCAAAAUUCGCUUACAGAGUCUCCACGAUGCUGCCAAGGAUAUGAAAAAGUUUGAAGCAGAGCUCAGAAACUUACAAGUUGCUUUGGAGCAAGCCCAGACGACCCUGACUUCUCCAGAAGUUGGACGUCUAAGUCUCAAGGAGCAGCUCUCGCACCGACAGCAUUUGCUGUCUGAGAUGGAGUCACUUAAGCCAAAAGUCCACGCGGUGCAGGUCUGUCAGAGCGCGCUCCGGAUCCCCGAGAACGUGGUCACCAGCCUGCCGCUCUGCCACGCGGCCCUGCACCUGCAGGAGGAGGCCAGCCGGCUCCAGCACACGGCCAUCCAGCAGUGCAACAUCAUGCAGGAGGCUGUGGUGCAGUAUGAACAAUAUGAGCAAGAAAUGCAGCACCUCCAGGAACUCAUAGAAGGAGCUCACAGAGAGAUUGAGGAUAAGCCUGUGGCCACCAGCAACAUCCAGGAACUGCAAGCCCAGAUUUCUCGGCAUGAGGAGCUGGCUCAGAAAAUCAAGGGCUACCAGGAGCAGAUCGCCUCUUUGAACUCCAAGUGCAAGAUGCUGACCAUGAAAGCCAAGCACGCCACCAUGCUGCUGACGGUGACCGAGGUGGAGGGGCUGGCGGAGGGCACGGAGGACUUGGACGGGGAGCUCCUCCCCGCCACCUCGGCCCACCCCUCUGUGGUCAUGAUGACUGCAGGUCGCUGUCACACUUUGCUGUCACCUGUCACUGAGGAAUCUGGGGAGGAGGGAACCAACAGUGAGAUCUCCUCUCCGCCGGCUUGUCGUUCCCCUUCACCUGUGGCUCAUACAGACGCCUCUGUUAACCAGGACAUCGCUUAUUACCAAGCCUUGUCUCCUGAGAGGUUACAGACCGAUGCUGCCAAGGUCCCCCCCAGCACGUUGCCACCCCAAGAGCUGUAUGAACCGGGACUGGAGCCGUCUGCCACUGCAAAGCUGGACGAUUUGCAGCGCUCUUGGGAAACCUUAAAGAAUGUGAUCAGCGAGAAGCAGCGCACACUCUAUGAAGCCUUGGAACGCCAGCAGAAGUACCAGGACUCCCUCCAGUCCAUCUCCACGAAAAUGGAGGCCAUCGAGAUGAAACUCAGUGAGAGUCCAGAGCAGGGCAGGAGUCCCGAGAGCCAGAUGGCCGAACAUCAGGCUCUGAUGGACGAGAUUCUCAUGCUCCAAGAGGAGAUCAGCGAGCUGCAGUCGGCCCUCGCGGACGAGCUGGGGUCCGAGUCCCCGGGGUCCGAGCCGGCAGAGCGGCUGGCGCUGCAGUCCACACUCACCGUCUUAGCGGAGCGAAUGGCCACCAUCAGGAUGAAGGCAUCUGGGAAGCGGCAGCUUCUGGAGGAGAAACUCAAUGAUCAGCUGGAGGAACAGAGACAGGAGCAAGCCCUGCACAGGUAUCGCUGUGAAGCUGAUCAGCUGGACCACUGGCUCUUGAACACGAAGGCCACUCUGGAUGUUGCCCUGGGGUCACCCAAGGAGCCCAUGGACAUGGAGGCCCAGUUAGUGGACUGCCAGAAUAUGCUGGUGGAAAUUGAGCAGAAGGUGGUGGCCUUAUCAGAGCUCUCGGUGCACAAUGAAAACCUGCUGCUGGAGGGCAAGGCUCACACCAAGGACGAGGCCGAGCAGCUGGCAGUGAAGCUGAGAACCCUCAAGGGGAGCCUCCUGGAGCUGCAGAGGGCGCUGCAGGACAGGCAGCUCCACAUCCAGCAGGGGACAGCCCAGGAGAAGGAGGAGAGCGAUGCUGACCUGGCUGCCACUCAGAGCCCCGGGGUUCAGGAAUGGCUAGCUCAAGCUCGGAGCGCGUGGACCCACCAGCGACAGAGCAGCCUCCAGCAACAAAAAGAGUUGGAGCAGGAAUUGGCAGAGCAGAAGAGCCUCCUCCAGUCAGUAGCGAGCCUUGGAGAGGAAAUUCUAACGCAGCACUCAGCUGCAGAGACCUCUGGUGGUGUUGGCGAAAAACCUGAUGUGUUAUCCCAGGAGUUGGGCAUGGAAGGGGAGAAAUCACCUGCUGAAGACCAGAUGAGAAUGAAAUGGGAAAGCCUACAUCAGGAAUUUAGCACCAAGCAGAAACUACUUCAGAAUGUUCUGGAGCAGGAACAGGAUCAAGUGCUCUACAGCAGGCCUAAUCGGCUCCUGUCUGGCGUGCCACUGUACAAAGGGGACGGGCAGGCCCAGGAUAAGUCUGCGGUGACGUCCUUGCUGGAUGGAUUGAACCAGGUCUUCGAGGAGGUUUCAUCCCAGGGUGGAGGGACGAAGAAGCAAAACAUUGACUUGGAACAGAAGUUGUAUGAUGGGGUCUCGGCCACCUCUACCUGGCUGGAUGAUGUAGAGGAACGGUUAUUUGUUGCCACAGCCCUUUUACCAGAAGAGACGGAAACUUGCAUCUUCAACCAAGAGACUCUUGCCAAAGAUAUUAAGGAAAUGUCUGAAGAAAUGGAUAAGAACAAGAACUUGUUUUCCCAAGCCUUUCCAGAGAACGGCGAUAACCGAGAUGUUAUUGAAGACACUUUGGGUUGUCUCUUGGGCAGGUUGUCUUUGCUAGACUCAGUAGUAAAUCAGCGAUGUCAUCAGAUGAAGGAAAGACUUCAGCAGAUAUUAAAUUUCCAGAAUGAUCUGAAGGUGCUAGUUACAUCACUGGCUGACCACAAAUACAUCAUUCUGCAGAAGCUGGCGAAAAUGUUUGAACAACCUGUGGCAGAGCAGAUAGAGGCAAUACAGCAGGCUGAAGAUGGGCUAAAGGAAUUAGAUGCGGGAAUCAUUGAGUUAAAAAGGCGUGCUGACAAGUUGCAGAUUGAGCAGCCUUCCAUGCAAGAACUCUCCAAACUCCAGGACAUGUAUGAGGAACUCAUGAUGACCAUUGGCUCCCGGCGGAGCGGGCUGAAUCAGAAUCUUGCCCUCAAGAGUCAGUACGAAAGAGCCUUGCAGGAUCUGGCCGACCUACUGGAAACCGGACAAGAGAAGACGACAGGAGACCAGAAAAUCAUCAUAUCUUCCAAAGAGGAAAUCCAACAACUACUUGACAAACAUAAGGAAUACUUUCAGGGUCUGGAGUCUCACAUGAUCUUGACCGAAACCCUCUUCAGGAAGAUCAUCAGCUUUGCAGUCCCACGGGAAACUCAGUUCCACACAGACCUGAUGGCGCAGGCUUCGGCCGUGCUCAAAGGGGCCCACAAGAGGGGUGUGGAGCUGGAGUACAUCCUCGAGACAUGGUCCCAACUGGAUAAGGAGCACCGCGAGCUUAGCCGGCAGCUGGAGGUGGUGGAGAGCAGCACCCCAAGCGUGGGUUUGGUGGAGGAGAGCGAAGACAGGCUUAUCGACCGGAUCACACUCUACCAGCAUUUGAAAUCCAGCCUUAAUGAAUACCAGCCCAAAUUAUAUCAGGUAAUAGAUGAUGGAAAACGACUUCUGAUGUCUGUUAGCUGCUCAGAUCUGGAAAGCCAGCUAAAUCAACUUGGAGAACACUGGUUAAAUGAUACCAACAAAGUGUCUAAGGAACUUCACAGAUUGGAAACAAUAUUGAAACACUGGACCAGAUAUCAAAGCGAAUCUGCAGAUCUAAUCCACUGGUUACAGUCUGCAAAAGACAGGCUAGAAUUUUGGACUCAACAAUCUGUAACAGUCCCACAGGAACUGGAAAUGGUCCGUGAUCACCUAAAUGCUUUUCUGGAGUUUUCCAAAGAGGUGGAUGCCAAGUCCACGCUAAAAUCAUCUGUUCUGAGCACUGGAAAUCAGCUUCUUCGAUUAAAGAAAGUAGACACAGCUGCCUUGCGUUCUGAGCUGUCCCACAUUGAUGGUCAGUGGAAUGACCUGCUGACAAAUAUUCCAGCCAUACAGGAAAAGCUUCACCAGCUCCAAAUGGAUAAACUGCCUUCUCGCCACGCCAUUUCUGAAGUCAUGACUUGGAUUUCUCUUAUGGAAAGUGUUAUUCAAAAGGAUGAAGAGAAUAUUAAAAAUUCCAUCGGUUACAAGACAAUUCAUGAGUACCUUCAGAAAUACAAGGGUUUUCAGAUCGACAUUAACUGUAAGCAGCUGACUGUUGAUUUUGUGAACCAGUCUGUGCUACAGAUCAGCAGUCAAGAUGUGGAAAGUAAACGCAGCGACAAGACUGAUUUUGCUGAGCAACUUGGAGCAAUGAAUAAAAGCUGGCAAAUCCUUCAGGGUCUGGUCACUGAGAAGAUUCAGUUGUUGGAAGGCUUAUUGGAAUCUUGGUCAGAAUAUGAAAAUAACGUACAAUGUCUGAAAACGUGGUUUGAAACCCAGGAAAAGAGACUGAAACAACAACAUCGCAUUGGAGACCAGGCUUCUGUUCAGAACGCGAUGAAAGACUGUCAGGAUCUGGAAGACUUGAUUAAAGCAAAAGAGAAAGAGGUAGAGAAAAUUGAGCAGAAUGGACUUGCUUUGGUUCAGAACAAGAAAGAAGAAGUCUCUGGCAUUGUCAGGAGCACGCUUCAGGAGCUCAACCAAACUUGGGCAAAUUUAGACCACAUGGUUGGCCAACUCAAGAUCCUGUUGAAAUCUGUGCUUGAUCAGUGGAGCCACCAUAAAGUGGCGUUUGAUGAGCUAAACAGUUGCCUCAUGGAGGCCCGAUACUCUCUUUCUCGAUUCUGUCUGCUCACUGGCUCUUUAGAAGCUGUGCAAGUUCAAGUGGACAAUCUUCAGAAUCUUCAAGAUGAUCUAGAAAAACAGGAAAAGAGCUUGCAGAAAUUUGGCUCUGUGACCAAUCAACUUUUAAAAGAAUGUCACCCACCUGUGACAGAAACUCUUACUAAUACACUAAAAGAAGUCAACAUGAGAUGGAAUAACUUGCUGGAAGAGAUUGCUGAGCAGCUGCGUGCCAGCAAGGCCCUGCUUCAGCUUUGGCAGCGAUACAAGGACUACUCCAAACAGUGUGCCGCUGCAGUUCAACAGCAGGAGGAACGAACCAGCGAGUUCUUGAAGGCAGCCACCGACAAGGACAUCGGUGAUGACGAAGUUGCCACCUGGAUCCAAGAUUGCAAUGACCUCCUCAAAGGACUGGGGCCGAUUCAGGAUUCUCUUGUAGUUCUUCAUGAGCUGGGAGGGCAACUCAAGCAACAAGUGGAUGCUUCGGCAGCAUCAGCCAUUCAAUCCGAUUGGCUCUCUUUGAGUCAACAGUUACAUGCCCUAGAACAGGCUCUCUGCAAACAGCAGGCUGUGUUACAGGCUGGCGUUCUUGACUAUGAAACCUUUACCAAGAGUUUAGAAGCUUUGGAGACCUGGAUAGUAGAAGCUGAAGAAAUACUACAAGGGCAGGACCCUAGCCACUCAUCUGACCUCUCGACCAUCCAGGAAAGGAUGGAGGAGCUGAAGGGACAGAUGCUGAAAUUCAGCAGCAUGGUCCCAGAUUUAGACCGUCUGAAUGAGCUUGGAUACAGGCUGCCCCUGAACGAUAAAGAAAUCAAAAGGAUGCAGAAUCUGAAUCGUCACUGGUCUCUGAUCUCCUCCCAGACUACAGAAAGAUUCAGUAAGUUACAGUCAUUUUUGCUACAACAUCAGACUUUCUUGGAAAAAUGUGAAACAUGGAUGGAAUUCCUAGUUCAAACGGAACAGAAGUUAGCAGUAGAGAUUUCAGGCAAUUAUCAGCAUCUUCUGGAGCAGCAGAGAGCUCAUGAGUUGUUUCAAGCAGAGAUGUUCAGCCGUCAGCAGAUUUUGCACUCAAUCAUUUUUGAUGGACAGCAUCUUCUAGAACAAGGUCAAGUUGAUGACAGGGAUGAGUUCAACCUGAAAUUGACCCUUCUCAGUAAUCAGUGGCAGGGGGUGAUCCGCCGGGCCCAGCAGAGGCGAGGCAUCAUCGACAGCCAGAUCCGCCAGUGGCAGCGCUACAGGGAGAUGGCAGAAAAGCUCCGUAAAUGGCUGGCGGAGGUGUCCUGUCUGCCCGUGAGUGGCCUGGGGAGUGUCCGGAUACCACUGCAGCAAGCAAGAGCCCUCUUUGAUCAAGUGCAGUUCAAAGAAAAAGUGUUCCUGCGGCAACAGGGCAGCUACAUCCUCACCAUGGAGGCUGGCAAGCAGCUUCUGCUUUCAGCUGACAGUGGGGCUGAGGCCGCCCUGCAGGCCGAACUCGCUGAGAUCCAAGAGAAAUGGAAGUCAGCAAGUGUGUGUCUGGAGGAGCAGAAGAAAAAACUGGCCGGCUUGCUGCAGGACUGGGAAAAAUGUGAGAAUGGAAUAGCUGAUUCUCUGGAGAAACUACGAACUUUCAAAAAGAGGCUUUCCCAGCCUCUCCCAGAUCAUCAUGAAGAGCUCCACGCAGAGCAGAUGUGCUGCAAGGAAUUAGAAAACGCAGUUGGGAGCUGGACAGAUGACUUGGCACAGCUGACAGUGCUGAAGAAGGCUCUCUGUGCUUACAUUAGUGAAGAUGAUAUCUCCAUCCUUAACGAACGCAUGGAGCUUCUGCAGAGGCAGUGGGAAGAACUAUGCCACCAGCUCUCCUUAAGGCGACAGCAAGUAAGUGAGAGAUUGAAUGAGUGGGCCGUCUUCAGUGAAAAGAACAAGGAGCUUUGCGAAUGGCUGACUCAGAUGGAAAGCAAGGUUUCUCAGAAUGGAGACAUUCUCAUUGAAGAAAUGAUUGAGAAGCUCAGGAAGGAUUAUCAAGAGGAAAUUGCAAUUGCCCAAGAGAACAAAAUACAGCUCCAGCAAAUGGGAGAACGACUGGCUCGAGCCAGUCAUGAAAGCAAAGCAUCUGAGAUUGAGUACAAGCUUGGCAAGAUCAGUGACCGGUGGCAGCACCUUCUGGACCUCAUGGCAGCCAGGGUGAAGAAGCUGAAGGAGACUCUGGUUGCCGUACAGCAGCUGGAUAAGAACAUGAGCAGUCUGAGGACGUGGCUAGCCCACAUCGAGUCAGAGCUGGCCAAACCCAUCGUCUACGACUCCUGUGACUCAGAAGAAAUACAGAAAAAGCUUAACGAGCAGCAGGAGCUUCAGAGAGACAUCGAGAAACACAGCACUGGCGUGGCCUCCGUGCUGAACCUGUGUGAGGUCCUUCUGCAUGACUGUGACGCCUGCGCUACAGACGCCGAGUGCGACUCCAUCCAGCAGGCUACGCGAAACCUGGACCGCCGGUGGAGAAACAUCUGUGCCAUGUCCAUGGAAAGGAGGCUCAAAAUUGAAGAGACAUGGCGAUUGUGGCAGAAGUUUCUGGAUGACUUUUCUCAUUUCGAAGAUUGGCUCAAGAUCUCAGAAAGGACAGCUGCCUUUCCCAGCUCUUCCGGGGUGCUCUAUACAGUUGCCAAGGAGGAACUAAAGAAAUUUGAGGCUUUCCAGCGACAGGUCCAUGAGAGCCUGACCCAGCUGGAGCUGAUCAACAAGCAGUACCGCCGCCUGGCCAGAGAGAACCGCACGGACGCGGCCGGCAGCCUCAAACAGAUGGUUCACAAAGGCAACCAGAGAUGGGACAACCUGCAGAAGCGCGUCACCUCCAUCCUGCGCAGACUCAAGCAUUUCAUUGGCCAGCGGGAGGAGUUCGAGACAGCCCGGGACAGCAUUCUGGUGUGGCUGACGGAGAUGGAUCUGCAGCUCACCAACAUUGAGCACUUCUCCGAGUGUGACGUGCAAGCUAAAAUAAAGCAGCUCAAGGCCUUCCAGCAGGAAAUCUCAUUGAACCACAAUAAGAUUGAGCAGAUAAUCACCCAAGGAGAACAGCUGAUAGAAAAGAGUGAGCCCCUGGAUGCGGCCGUCAUUGAGGAAGAGCUGGAUGAGCUCCGACGUUACUGUCAGGAGGUCUUCGGGCGCGUGGAUAGAUAUCAUAAGAAACUGAUUCGCCUGCCUCUCCCAGAUGAUGAGCACGACCUCUCUGACCGGGAGCUGGAACUGGACGAGGCUGGAACUCUGUCGGACCUCCACUGGCGGGACACCUCCACGGACGGCGUGCUCUCCCCGCAGCCUUCCUCCAACCCCUCCCUCUCACUCGCCCAGCCCCUCCGGAGCGAGAGGUCUGGACGAGACACCCCGGCCAGUGUGGACUCCAUCCCCCUGGAAUGGGACCAUGACUAUGACCUCAGCCGUGACCUGGAGUCUGCCGUGUCCAGAACUCUGCCUUCUGAGGACGAAGAGGGUCCAGAAGAUAAAGAUUUCUACCUCAGGGGAGCUGUUGGCUUAUCAGAUGUAAUGAUCCCUGAAAGUCCCGAGGCCUAUGUUAAACUCACAGAAAGUGCAAUCAGAAAUUCCUCUGGGGACCGUGGUGCCUUGGAGUCACAGAUCCGACAGCUGGGCAAAGCCUUGGAUGACAGCCACUUUCAGAUGCAGCAAACGGAGAAUAUCAUCCACAGCAAAACGCCCACAGGACCAGAGCUAGACUCCGGCUACAGAGGCUACAUGAAACUGCUGGGCGAAUGCAGCGGCAGCAUAGACUCAGUGAAAAGACUGGAACACAAGCUGACGGAGGAAGACGACCAUUUCCCUGGCUUUGUUAACUUGAAUAGCACUGAAACCCAAACAGCUGGUGUGAUUGACCGCUGGGAACUCAUCCAGGCAGAGGCCCUGAGCAAGGAGCUGAGGAUGAAACAGAAGCCCCAGAGGAGGCAGCAGUUGGACUCAGACCUGAGCAGCGUUCUGACCUGGCUGCAGGAGACGGAGGGCGACCUGGAGCAGCUUCAGCGCCUACAGCUCAGCACGGACAUCCAGUCCAUCGCGCUCCAAAUCCAGAAGCUGAAGGAGCUCCAGAAAGCUGUGGACCACCGCAAAGCCAUCGUCCUCUCCAUCCAUCUGUGCAGCUCCGAGUUCACUCAGACCGGCCAGGAGGAGAGCCAGGAUCUUCAGGAUCGCUUGUCCCAGAUGAAUGGGCGGUGGGACCGUGUGUGCUCCCUGCUGGAGGAGUGGCGGGGUCUUCUCCAGGACGCGCUCAUGCAGUGCCAGGAUUUUCAUGAAAUGAGUCAUGGUUUGCUUCUUAUGCUGGAGAACAUUGACAGAAGGAAAAAUGAAAUUGUUCCCAUUGAUUCUAACCUUGAUGCAGAAAUACUUCAGGACCAUCACAAACAGCUUAAGCAAAUAAGGCAUGAGCUGUUGGAAUCUCAACUCAAAGUGGCCUCGCUGCAAGACAUGUCUUGCCAACUGUUGGUGAAUGCUGAAGGCACAGACUGUUUAGAAGCCAAAGAAAAAGUCCACGUGAUUGGAAAUCGACUCAAACUUCUCUUGAAGGAGGUCAGUCGUCAUAUCAAGGAGCUGGAGAAGUUAUUAGACAUGUCAAGCAGUCAGCAGGACCUGUCUUCCUGGUCUUCCGCUGACGAACUGGACACCUCGGGAUCUGUGAGUCCUACCUCGGGAAGAAGUACCCCAAACAGACAGAAAACGCCACGAGGCAAAUGUAGUGUCUCACAGCCUGGACCCUCUGUCAGCAGCCCACAUAGCAGGUCCAUAAAAGGUGGCUCCGAUUCCUCCCUUUCUGAGCCUCGGCCAGCCCGGUCCAGCCGAGCCUUCCUGUUCAGAGUCCUCCGAGCGGCUCUUCCCCUUCAGCUCCUGCUGCUGCUUCUCAUUGGGCUGGCCUGCCUAGUCCCAAUGUCAGAGGAAGACUACAGUUGUGCUCUCUCCAACAAUUUUGCCCGAUCAUUCCACCCCAUGCUCAGAUACACAAACGGCCCUCCUCCUCUCUGAACCAAGCAGAUGCUCUCGGCAGCUUGCUGCUGGUCACCUAAGGAGGAAUUUGGCCCAGGGCAAUCCCAAACGAGCAAAGAGAGGACGUGAGUCUUGGCGGAUGCCCUCGGUACAGCGGCUGUCGCUCACCUCCGCAUCCCAUGCGUGCAAAUCACGGCUUCGGAGGUGAUGGUAAACAGUGAUGGGGGAGAGCACAUAGAGGACAGAAGCUGGGAAGAAAUUUUGAUUGAGCCUCAGCACUAAAAAGAGUCAAGAUUUCUACCGUUCCCUGGACACGUGAACUCUGGGCCCUUGGCCCAUCCUGUGUGUUCGCAGGGACUUCAGAGACCAUCUGGGCAGCUUUCCCACGGUGCUGCUCCAUCCAUUCAAUAAGCAAUGCAGCCUGAGCACCAUGUUGUCAUCGAACAAUCUACCAGCCAACCAGUGCUGAAGAGAUUUGAAGACCCUGUAACAUACAGUUUUUAAGAGCUUAUAUGGCAGCUUCCUUUUUACCUUGUUUUCUUUUGGGGGCAUGAUGUUCUAACCUUGCAUUAGAAGCACAAGCUGUAAAUCUAAAAGGCACUUUUUUUUAAAGGUAUAAAGAAACAUUGGAUGUAAUAAAUAAAAAUCAUGGAAGGCUUUAUGUGAAAAAAAGUUGAAUGUUAUAGUAAAAGAAAUGAUAUUUAUGUAUGUACAGUUUGCUAAAGCCAAGUUUUGUUUGUAUCAAUUUAUUUGCAUUUAUUACAGAUACUAUGAAAUA